UUAUGCUGCCAAUGUGGCACACUGAUCGAUGCCAAUCCUGCAAACAUGUGCGUUGGUUGUAUCAGGGCUCAUGUAGAUAUAACAGAAGGAAUUCCUAAACAGUCAACGUUGUAUUUUUGUCGCUUCUGUCUGAGGUACUUACAACCACCUUCAACUUGGGUUCAAUGUGUUUUAGAGUCUCGUGAAUUGCUUGCGUUAUGCCUUAAGAGAUUAAAAGGAUUAACUAAAGUACGUUUAGUUGAUGCUGGCUUUGUAUGGACGGAACCUCAUUCAAAACGAGUUAAAGUAAAGUUAACGGUGCAAAAAGAGGUUUUAAAUUGCACCAUUUUGCAGCAACAGUUUGUCGUUGAAUAUGUAGUGCAUCAUCAAAUGUGCGAUGAAUGCCAAAGACGUGAAGCCAAAGAUUAUUGGAAGGCAGUGUGCCAAGUUCGCCAAAGGACUUCUCAUAAGAAAACUUUCUUCUACCUGGAACAACUUUUAAUAAAGCAUCAAGCUCAUUCUAAUGCUGUCAAGAUAGUAGAUGAAGCCAAUGGUCUGGACUUUUUCUUCGCGUCUAAAGACGAUUCCCGGAAGCUAGUUGAUUUUUUACAAUCAGUAGUCCCUUGUAGAUACAAAACUUCUCAACAUUUAGUGUCUCACGAUUGCCAUAGUAAUAUCUACAAUUAUAAAUAUACUUUUUCCGUUGAAAUUGUGCCUAUUUGUAAGGAUGACGUCGUUUGUCUACCAUUAAAAGUAGCCAAUUCAUUAGGGAAUAUAGGGCAGCUAUUGAUUUGCACACAGAUCACAAAUACCAUUCAUUUAACAGACCCAACAACACUACAAACUGUUUCUGUACAACCGGAUGUAUUUUGGAAGCAACCGUUCCAUACGAUAUGCACUCAGAAACAAUUAAUUGAGUAUACAAUCUUGGAGAUAGAAUUUAUUGAACAGAAAGACGCUAGAUAUUCCUCAGAAAAGUAUAAACUUGCGGACGUCUGGAUCGUAAAAAGUAAAGAUUUGGGAAUAAGUGACACACAAUUUCACUGUCGUACCCACCUUGGUAACAUUAUAAGUCCAGGAGACACAAUCUUAGGCUUUGACAUCAACGGAAGCAACGUUAACAAUGACAAUUUUUAUAAAAUGCCUUCCAGAAAAGUCCCUGAUGUGAUUCUAGUUAAGAAGCAUUUUGGCGACAAGCGUAAACGCCAUAGUAAGCGAAAUUGGAAGUUAAAAUCGUUGAAGAAAGAAACGGGUGCCAAUAUUGAUAUGGAAACGGACGAUAUGGAUUAUGAUAACUUUUUGGAGGAUUUAGAGGAAGAUCCUACUUAUCGUCAAAACGUUAAUAUCUAUAAAGAUCCUAAAUUUAAAGGUAAUAAGGAUUCUAGACCAGACCCUGACGAACAACUCCCUUCGAUCGGAUUAGAAGAGAUGCUAGAAGAUUUAUGUAUUGAUGAUGAAGAAGAUAAUUAUUAA